CUUAAUAUUAACAUGAAUCAACAGCUCAUUUACCCUUCAAGAUUAUUUCUCCUCCAACCAGAUUCAAAAAGCCCUUUUGCCCCUUAAAAGGAGGAUAGUUGGCUAACUCAGCUGAAGAAUUUAUUGGGUUAGGCAAGGUAAAUGAUUCAUAUUUUCCUUCUGUUAUUCUCCAACACCUACAUUGAAACUAAGAAAGUAUAAUAACUUACAUGGUCCAUAUCUACCCAGUUUACAUAUGCAUGAAUUCUAAAUAUGAGAACCAGGCAAUUCGCAAUGCUGUAUUUUUUAAAAUAUAUUAAGAAAAUUCCAACUUAAUAAAAAAGUGAUCAAUGGCUGCAUUUUAUUAUAACAUGGUAUUUCUGAUGCCUUUUGAAACCAUACUUAACUAAAUGUUUUCAUUCAUAUAAUUAGAUAAUAUAACAGACCUGAAUAUGUCUAAAUUCUAUAAAAUUUCUAAAAGCAUGUCACGAGUCCAAAAAGUACAAUAAAUUAUAAUAACUUCAUAAUAUUUAUUAUAAGAGGUAAUCAAAAGAAGAUUAGGAGUUAGUCACUCUCAUACAUUAAAACUUUGUUAUCAGUUAAAAAAAUAAUACAACCUUGGAAACUUUUGAUGGCUCCAUGUAACUCUCUUAGGCCUGCCAGCACCAGCAUUAUUUCAGACUAAAGGGAUGACCCAUGUAUUUGUCAUCCAAAGUACCACCAACAGAAUGCCUGCCUGAGAUCUAAAACAACAUAUCAAGAAUCUACUAUUGCCAUAAUGAGUAGGCUUUGGAGCUAUAACUUGUUUCUGAUUUUAAUUUCUAACCAUAAAAUAAAUUCAAUCUAAUGAACUCUAAAAAUAAGAGCAAUUAAAAAAUAUUAUGUGAAAUACACUUAAAAUAAUUGAAAUUAAUGUUAAAAGGCAUAAAAAUAAGCUCACAUGUGACAGAUGGUAAGAAGUUACUUGUUGUUACAGGAAGUAAAGAUGUUGUGAGAAGGAAAGACCACAAAGAUGCUUGAGAAUCAAAGACUGUAAACAGAAGAGCUGAUAAAAAAAAGCAAUAGAGGAACUUCCUAAGGUAGAACCAAAGAAGAUCCAAAAGAAAUCUACCACUGUCACCACAAAAAGCAUUUGCUAGACCACAUGCUCGUGACACUGAGUAAACCAAAGAACAAAAUGUUACAAAAUUGGAGUCACAUUUUAUCACUAAACCCUAACAGUUUAAUGAAUGAAGUCAUAAAAAUAUUCACUUAAUAGAAAGCAAGGUUCAAUGAUCUCAUGGUUCCACUGGCAGAGAGGGGUUGCAAUGAAUAACAGACCUUAUAAAUUCCUGGCUUCCUAUCUAAGCUUAUCAAGUAUGCCUCUAGAACUCAGCAGAAUAUCUGCAAAUCAAUUUUUAUGUUUUGGUUCUAGAAUAAUGAAACUGUAACAAGGGUUUCCUGAUGCCAUUCAAAAAAACAGACAUAUUCAUCCAACCUUGAAUGUGCACAUCUAAUUAAAGGUCCAAGGUGAACAAAGGAGGAGGAAAAAAGAGAGAGCAUCAUUUGUACUAACUGCCCUUAAGGCAGAUUAUUAUUUGAUCAUGCAUUCACCUAGGAAUUUUUUCUGUAGCCUUGAGGUGACUUCAUUAACAGCAAGGAAACAAGUGGGCAUACAAUGCCUGUAUAUACCAACUGAGCCAUAAAGAAUAAAGUCUAAUAUGUGUUGUACCCUUACCAUGUGCUAAGGAAGCACUUGUAAUCCUAAUACCCUAUGAGACAGGUUCUUUUAUUACCCUCACUUUUCAGAUGAGGAAGCCUAGGUACACAGUGGUUAAAUCACUUGCCAGAGAUUAUUAUGUUACUAAGUGGCUGAAAAACAAAUCAAAUUUUUCUCUGUUACAACUAGAAUAGGAAUUAUGUUUUUAUAAUUACCAUGUAAUUCUACUACUGCUCUUUUUUAAAGGGUACCAGAAUUCAUUUUAACAUAACAAACCCCCCACACUUACUGAAAAUAUCUUAAAUACAGAAUUUAUCUUGAAAAUGAGCCUUUUGAAAUCUGAAAAUUUUUUAAGCAAUUAUUUUUUAGCAUAAAAAUUAUAGGACACUAGACUAAGAAAUUUAUCAAAUAUUUUAAACUUGGAUUAUAGUUCGUCUCUUUCCAAUAAGAGAAAUAUCAACACUUCCACUAACAAUGCAGCAUACUGUUUUAAAAUUUUCAGUAAAACUCAUCCAGUUUUACAUCAUUUCAUGUAUAAAAGUAGUCAACUCAAACUUCUCCAUCUUUAGAAGAGAACAUCACAAAUAAUACAAAAACCAUUUAUAGUUAGCAUUAGAAUGCUUGAGACAUAACAUUUUGCUUUUCCACCAUCUUCCCGAGCCGCCAUAAUGAGGUGCAUGAAUGUACUGGCAGAUGCUCUCAAGAGCAUCAACAAUGCUGAAAAGAGAGGCAAACUCCAAGUUCUUAUUAGGCUGUGCUCCAAAGUCAUCGUCCAGUUUCUCACUGUGAUGAUGAAGCAUGGUUACAUUGGCAAAUCUGAAGUCACUGAUGAUCACAGAGCUGGGGAAAUCAUUGUGACUCUCAAGGGCAGGUUAAACAAGUGUGGAGGGAUCAGCCCCAGAUGUAAUGUGCAAAGACCUAGAAAGUGUAAGAACAACCUGCUCUGGUCCUGUCAGUUUGGUUUCACUGUACUGCCAACCUCAGCGGGCAUCACGGAACAUGAAAAAAAGACAAAAACAGGAGGGAAAAUCCUGGGAUUCUUUUUCCAGGGAUAUAAUACAUAUGUGCAAAUAAAAUGUCUCAAUGGGGAAAAAAAAGAACAAAAUAAACAGAGUGAAUAUGAUAAAACAGAAAAACCCUGGACUACAGUCCAGAGACCGUCCCCGGUGGCCUCCCCCAUCCACCUCGACCCGAAUCCCCGAAUCACGAACGCCCUCCUACAAGACCAGGGCGACCCACUUCCCCUUAGGCACCCCGCGUUCCUGCAACCAGAAAAUAAUUCCAUAGAAAUGUAUCGAGAGCCUACUAAGCACAAGCUCCCACUACGCGCGGCACGGUCGGCACAGGGGUCGCCGUCUCACGCCAGCUAUCUCCUUCCCGGCCGAAGGGACGUCGCUGCCUCCGCCCGGGUGUGGAAGCGCCAGUCCGAGGCGGACAGCGCCGGGCGCGGGCACUAG